UGCUCUGAGAGCUGGUUAUUCAUCCACUGRGUGAGUCAGGGAGGGUGGGGAUUUGAGGACUGCUGUACCAGUCACACUUUGUCAGUUUACUUCUUCCACCACAUCUCCGGCCGUCUUUCUCUUCCUUUUCUGCUGCUUUCUGUUUUUGCUGCUGCCUGCUUGUGCUUAGCAGUCCACUGAGAGGCCUUUGCCACYCUGUGAAAGGAAGACUCUGCUUCUSCUUUUUGAUGAUUUAAGGGAKAAACACUAUUUUUCAAAAGAUAAUUGGGUCAUAACAGUUCACAACAGCCAGUAUGCUUCAGCAGAUCCAGGAGGUUGGCUCACGAGCCAUGGAUUUCUAUGUCGAUCUUCUGGCAGGAAUUGAUCCACGAAUAAAAGAUUAUCCUCUGAUGUGGAGUCCUGUUCCGAUGACAGUUAUAUUGCUGUGUUAUUUGUUUUUUGUACUGUAUCUUGGACCUCGCAUAAUGGCCAAGCGUACUCCUUUCCAGCUCAAGGAACCCAUGAUAGUUUAUAACUUCAUGCUGGUGGCACUAUCAGUAUUUAUUGUUUUUGAGUUUCUGAUGUCUGGAUGGCUUACAACAUAUACCUGGAGAUGUGACCCAAUUGAUACCUCAAACAGUCCUCAAGCUCUACGAAUGGUCAGGGUGGCGUGGCUCUUCUGGUUUUCAAAGAUCAUAGAGUUGAUGGACACAGUCUUUUUUGUACUGAGGAAAAAACACGGCCAGAUCACAUUCCUGCACAUCUUCCACCACUCAUUCAUGCCUUGGACCUGGUGGUGGGGAGUGGGUUAUGCUCCUGGUGGAAUGGGAUCUUUCCAUGCCAUGGUGAACGCUUCUGUCCACAUCAUCAUGUACUUCUACUACGGUCUUUCUGCUGCUGGCCCACGCUUCCAGAAGUUUUUGUGGUGGAAGAAGUACAUGACAGCUAUUCAGCUGAUCCAGUUUGUCCUGGUCUCUCUUCACGCCACCCAGUGGUACUUUAUGGACCGCUGUGACUACCAGUUCCCGGUAAUCAUCCACCUUGUCUGGAUGUACGGAACCCUGUUCUUCAUCCUCUUCUCCAACUUCUGGAUCCAGGCUUACGUGAAGGGUAAGCGGCUGCCCAAACAGGAGAUCAAGCAUCACCAGAACGGCACAACCGUGUACACAAACGGCAAGGUGCAUGAGAACGGCACAUGCUACGAAAACGGCACGAGUAAUGGCAUCAACUACGCAGCUAUCAACUGUACCAGCAACGGCUCUGCUCUCUAUGAAAAUGGCCGCGCCCACAAUGGAAAGAUGAAGAAGGCUUAGACUCUAGAAGGGAAACAUACCCAAGAAGUUUGACCCUGUCCGCUUGUUAAAAUUACUAUGGAUUCCAAAGAUAAUUUGACUGUUUUACAGCUUUUAGUUUCUUGUUAAGAACAAUGAGGUCUAUGACUUCCACAGCUGGGGUUCCACGUUUGCUUGGUUAGUUUGGUUGGUUUCUUUGUGGGGAACCACCUAUGGAGCAUAAUAUAUGAAGAGAAGAUGUUUUCACGUAAAUGUUAAGUCUUCACUGAUGUUGCAAGCAACCUUGUAGUGCAGUAUCACACUGGUGGCCUUUCAGCCUCUGUGCUGACAUAUCCAAGUCCCUCCCUGUGGACAGAAGACUGUGCAGUUUCUAAUAAACUUGAAGACAAAAAAAUGCUUAUUUUGUAAAUAGUUUUACAGUAAACAGAAAAUAACUACAUUGGCGUGCUUUCUAAAUUUUGUUACUGUCUAUUUAAAAUGUAAUUUCAAAUAAAUUGUGUUUUAAGUUAA